AUGUUUCGGGGCAAGCGCAGGGCCAUCGCCCUGCCCCACGCCCACGUCCGCGCCGUCGAGUCCCACUCCAAGGGUGGUGCGGUGCGCUCGGCCAAGCUGAAGGUGGACCUGGUGUCGCCCGGUGGCCAGUCGCUGGUGGUGGCCGUGCACAGCCACGGCGCCGCCGACGCCCUGUGCCACCGGUGGCGCGACGCCCUGGCCCAGCGGGCUUGGCUCUGCUUCUACACCGGCGCGCCCGGUCAACUUCACCACCUCCUCGGCCGGCCGGGCCUGAUUCGGACGAGGGACGAGCAGGCGCGAGCGACGGAUGCGGCGCUGGCUGAGGCUUUCACCGACCUCAACGCCCUCAUGGGCAAAGCCAAAGACCUGGUGGGGCUGGCGGAGAGGUUCAGGGUCGAGGCGAGCAGGCAGCACGAGGGCGGGGACGGCGUGACCGAGGAGGAGUCGAACGCGUUCAACAGCUACCUCCUCUCGCUUGGUAUCGCGACGCCCGUCACGAAGCAGUCAGCCGGCGCCCUCUUCCACAGCGAGCUCGCCCGGCAGCUGUGCGAUUUCCUGGCCAAGCCCCUCCAGCACGCCGGCGGCAACAUGUCCCUGGCCGACGUCUACUGUCUCUUCAAUCGUGCCCGAGGGACAGAGCUGAUAUCGCCGGAGGAUUUGUACCGGGCGUGCGUGCUUUUGGAGACGCUGGGCCUCCCGCUGCGGCUGCGCAAGUUCGAUUCCGGCGUGAUGGUCAUCCAGCCCGCGGGACAGACAGACGCGGAGAUCGCGGGCAAGGUGGAGGAGGCCGUGCGCGCCUCUGGACCCAUGACGGCCGUCGAUCUCGCCGCCCUCUGGCGCAUCUCCCUUCCCCUCGCCAAGGAACACCUCACGACGGCGGAGCGAGCCGAGCUUCUGUGCCGCGACGAGUCGUUCGAGGGGCUGGUGUUCUACCCCAACAUCUUCGCGUGCUAG